UUUGCUUCUAAAAUGAAUGGUUCGUACGAUAUUAUUGGAGUCCAAACCUCACACAGGUCUCCGAUUUUAUCGUUAAAAUGUCUCAAGCUAUGAAACCGGCAUGGCUAUAUGCCAUUAGCCCAAGAAAAAGUUUCCACGCCUAUGUAGAAUCAUGUGUCUCUCUUUUGAAAAACCUCACCAGCAAAAGCUUGUUCACUGACGGAAGUGUCAUUCAUGGGCAUUUGAUCAAGAUGGGUGUUUCUUCAGACAGAUAUAUAGCCAUAAGACUUCUAACGAUGUACCUCAACGGCAGAAAAUCUCAUGCAGCUGAUGAAAUUGUUAAGGAGUUUCACAGGUUUGAUCUUGUCGUGCAUAAUUGCUUGAUCGGUGCCUAUGUUAAGUGGGGAAAUCUUGAUGGUGCUCGCUGCCUGUUUGAACAAAUGCCCGAAAGAAACGAAAUCUCGUGGACCGCACUGAUAUCGGGUUUCAUGAAAUAUGGAAGAGUCGAAGAAUCAAUGUGGUACUUUGAGAGGAACCCAUUUCAGAAUGUGGUUUCUUGGACUGCAGUAAUUAGCGGGCUUGUGCAAAAUGGGUUUAACAUUGAAGCUUGGAAGUUUUUCGUGAAGCAGCUUGAAUCUGGGGUCAAGCCAAAUGACGUUACUUUUACUACUGUUAUUAGAGCCUGUACAGGCUCUGGUGAAUUUAGAUUGGGAAUGAGUGUUUUGGGGUUGAUCAUUAAAGAUGGCUUUGAACACCAUUUAUCGGUGUGCAAUUCGAUAAUCACAUUGACCUUGAGGAUGGGUGAAAUCAAUUUGGCUAGGAGAGUAUUUGAUCAAAUGGAAAAACGAGACGUUGUUUCUUGGACUGCAAUCAUAGAUAUGUACGUUGAGAUGGGGGACUUGGGGGAAGCACGUCGAAUCUUUGACGAGAUGCCUGAGAGAAAUGAGAUAUCCUGGAGUGCAAUGAUCGCAAGGUACACGCAGAGCGGUUAUCCUGAAGAAGCGUUGAAGCUCUUCUGUCAGAUGGUUCAACACGGGUUUAACGCUAAUACCUCUUGUUUGUCUAGUGUUAUUAGUGCAUUGGCCAGUCUCAAUGCUUUUCGAGCGGGGAUGAACGUUCAUGCUCAUGUCAUCAAGAUUGGGAUUGUUGAAGAUGUCUUCAUCGGUGGUUCUCUACUUGACUUCUACUGUAAAUGUGGAAAACUUGAAUAUGGUCGUUUGGUGUUUGAUUCAAAUUUGGAGAAGAACGUGGUCUCAUGGAACUCUAUGAUUGGUGGGUAUAGUCUGAAUGGACAGAUGGAAGAAGCGAAGGCGUGGUUUGAUGACAUGCCCGUGCGAAAUAUUAUCUCGUGGAACACUAUGAUUGUUGGUUACACAGAAAACAAACAAUUUGAUAAAGCGUUUGAAGUACUCCAUGAGAUGCUUUUGUCGGGGGAAGUCCCUAACGAGUCCACCUUCUCAAGUGUACUUCGCGCAUGUGCAAGCAUAGCCUCAUUAGAUAGGGGCAAGAACCUCCAUGGGAAAUGCAUGAAACUUGGAUUUCAAUUUGAUAUUUUUGUGGGUACUGCCCUGAUUGAUAUGUAUGCAAAAUCUGGUGAUGUUGAAAGCUCAAAGCAGGUCUUUAACAGAAUGCCAAAGAAGAACGAAAUUUCUUGGACUGUGAUGAUUCAAGGGCUUGCAGAAAAUGGUUUUGCCGAGGAAUCUCUUACUUUGUUUGAAGAAAUGGAAAGAACUUCACCUGUUGCUCCCAACGAGCUCAUGCUUUCUUCGAUUCUUUUUGCUUGUUCACACGCCGGUUUGAUUGAUAAAGGACUUGGGUACUUCGAUUCAAUGGAGAUGGUUUAUGGUAUAAAGCCAAAGGGAAGACACUACACCUGCAUGGUGGAUAUGCUGUCUCGAGCAGGACGUCUGUCUGAAGCUGAAGAAUUUAUCAAAUCCAUGCCAUUUCAGCCCGAAAUUAAUGCAUGGAAAGCUCUAUUGAGUGGCUGCACUGUAUAUAAAAACGAGGAGAUGGCAGAAAGGACAGCUAGGAAGCUCUGGGAAUUAGCGCAGAAGAACUCUGCAGGUUAUGUAUUAUUGUCAAGUGUUUAUGCUGCAGCUGGUAGAUGGACAGAUGUUAGGAAUAUUAGGAAGCUGAUGAGGGAAAAAGAGUCGAAAAAGAGUCGUGGCUGUAGUUGGGUAGAGCUGAAAAAUCAUGUCCAUUCUUUUCACUCGGAAGAUGGAACUCACUCUCAGUCGGAUGAAAUUUAUGAAAUUUUAGAAUUGCUGAGAUCGGAAAUGCCCGUCCGUAAUAAGGUUUAUUCUCAAGUCGAAUCCUUUUAGCAAAUAUGCAAAGGACUGAAUUCCAAGGCUACGUGAGAUGUCGCCAUGGUGACUAGAGGCAGGUACAUGCGUUUCGUGGUGUUGGAAAUUUUGUCCAAAGUUCUCACGCCAUGUUCGCUACUUUGGCUCGAGACAUUUGGGCUAGAAUCUUGACCCUUUGGCUACACGCGUCCUCGGUGCUCAAUGACUUUUUCUAUAAUUUUCAUGCAGAACCUCACGCAUGACAUGUACGCAAUUAAGCCAAAGAUCCUGUUUCCUACCUUUUUGCUACACUACGUAUUCUGCUCGACAGCAGAUCAACACCACCGAUCUAUUUAACUCGGUGGAAUUUAACUGACUGUCCAGAUUCAUCACUUGGGAAUUUUUCAACCAGUUCUCCCGCAUUUUCCUUAACUUUGUUCGUGGUAUGCUCUCUCUCUCUCUCUCUCUCCCAAGGUGACAAUCGGAGUGUACAAAAUACAAAUGGCUGCUCAUAACGUAGCUCGUGGUGCACGUCAUGGUCCGAGUCUAAUUAAAGAGAUCGUCUAUGGGAUAAGCCUUAGCCUCAUGGCUGGAUACCUUUGGAAAUUGCACCAUUGGAAUAGCCGGAGGAAGUACAAUGAAUUCUACGAUCUACUUGAGAGGGGUGAAAUCAGCGUUGUGGUGGAAGAUGAAUAUGCUGUUCAAUUUCUAAGGUUGGCCCUGAAUGAGUUUUAAAUGGUCCCGACUACAUGAACGGCAAAGACAAAUAUUGCUGCAGAAACCAUAAAUGUACGUACUAUGCUGCACAAUUUGAUUGUGAAAGGUGCAUGCAUGUCGUGUACAAUCACAAAGAUAUAUAAUGGGAGCGCAUCUUAGAACCUGAAUCUAAAAUAUUGACGUGGAUUGGGGGAUGGUAGAUGAUUAGAAGCUAAGUCAAGAGUUUUGAUCUUACAAACCUAUAUCAUGAUGAUCAGAAAGAAAAAUGAGUUAGCAAAGGGCCUUGGAUUGCUCUAAUUUCCAAGCACAACUGGUUAGGAAAUAGAGACACGAGCGGCAAUCCUUUCACAAAGGGCCUUUUCUCAUAUUGUAAGUACUAUUGGAG